AUGUGCGAGGCUGCCGGAAGAAAGCGAAAAACUGCGCACUGUUUACGCGUAACGUGUGCGUCGAGUUUGUUUAAUGCUGGUGUUGACAGGAAGCUAAUUCACGAUAGAUCGGGUCAUAGAUCGGAUGCUUUGAUGAAGUAUGAGAAAGCUAAUAAAAAUGUCCAGACUAAAGUAUCAGCAAUAUUAGGUCCUAAGUUGGAAUCAUCAACAGUAAGUGCGACAAUUAGUGUCGAUUCUAGCAGUGAGUCCGCGUCACGGGAGGUAGAAAAAAGUUUCUCAGAAUGUGGAUAUGGAUACUAUGCCGAUCUGUUUCGGUGA